AAGAAGAAACACGUGGACCGUCAAUGUCUUUGAUCAAGACAUUCCCACGCCAAUUAUCGAAAUAGACCGUGGGAACCUGGAGAAACAUCACGUGUCAAAUAUAAACAACCAAUUUUAAGAGGGGCCGCAACUCAAGGGCGGGUCGAGUGUGCAGCACCUGUGAUCAAACUUUACCGCACAUUAUUCCCUUGUGGGCUUCGAGGACGCGUUACGCCACGGCGAGCAAAUCGACACCGGACAUCAGCUUCACUUCGACCCGGCCCGAGACCAAAGGUACUGGCAUGGAGGAGGAAAAUCGCCGCGAGAAGAGGCCGCCCUAUUCGUACGCUGCUCUCAUCGCCAUGGCCAUUGAUAACAGCUCCGCCAAGAGGGAAACUCUCAGCGGCAUCUACGACUACAUCACCUCCAAGUUCCCCUUUUAUCAGAGCAACGAAAAAGGCUGGAAAAACAGCGUCCGACAUAAUUUGUCCCUGAACGACUGCUUCGUCAAGGUGCCAAGGGAGGGCUGCGGGAGCAGGAGGGGCAACUACUGGAUGCUGGAUCGCGCCUUCGAGGACAUAUUCGAGGAGGGCAAGUUGCGGCGUCGUCGUCACAGUGUGAGGAGACCUCUGAGUAACCUGUCGAGUUCGUCCUACCCGAACUACCCGACUACCUACAGCAGCUCCUUGUGGACCGUGAGCCAGCCCACCUCCCCCCAACCGAGGUUCUACCACACCGAAUAA